CAAGAUUCAUUCAUAACGUUUAAGUUUAUAACCUUUCUUUUGUUCCUAGUUAUACCCCAUGACUAUAGCAAGCUUAUACACAAUAGCAUUCUAUUCUAUGAAGCACAACGUUCUGGUAAACUGCCGGCUGAUAAUCGCAUUCCAUGGCGUGGCGAUUCGGCGUUGGACGAUGGUUUACCUGAAGUAGAUUUAACAGGUGGUUGGUACGAUGCUGGUGACAAUCUUAAAUUCAAUUUACCCAUGGCGUACAGUACCGCUGUUAUUGGUUAUGGAUUAAUAAUAUGGAAAGAUGCCUACAACAGUUCUAAUGAAUACACGAAUGCAAUGAACCAAAUUAAAUGGCCAUGUGACUAUUUCAUAAAGUGCCAUGUCAGUCCAAAUGAAUAUUAUUAUCAGGUUGGAAAUGAUCAUUCCGAGUGGACACGUCCAGAGGAUAUGACAGCACCAAGACCAAUAUACAAAAUUGACUGUGAUCACCCAGGUUCAGAUGUAGCAGGUCUAACUGCUGCUGCCUUGGCAAUGUGUUCUAAAGUAUGGGAAGACGAAGACCCUGACUACUCAUCUCUGUGUUUGAGAAAGGCUAAAAGUUUGUAUAAGUUUGCAAUGACAUACCGCGGUUCGUACCCAUCUGAUAAAUAUUACAUGUCUGACAAGUUCGGCGAUGACUUGGGUUUGGCAGCUGCCCUUCUCCAUUUUGUAACCAGAGACACAACAUAUUUAGAUGAAGCAAUAGUACUUUAUGGAGAAUACGGACUGUAUGGUCGUUCGUACGCAUUUGGAUGGGGAGAUGUUCGUGAAUUGGUGAAAAUUGUGAUAUGGCGAGAGUUAAAAUCAGGUAGAUACGAAAGAAACAUAAAAAGAUAUCUGGAUACAUGGAUGUUAGAUGGUGGACUGUACUAUACUGAUGGAGGAAUGGUAUUCAGAGACUUAUGGGGAUCUUUAAGAUAUUCCGCCGCUACAUCCUUCAUUGCACUAUUAGCUGCUGAUUCAGGUGUUACCAGUGAUAUUACCGAUGAUGGUGUUAUAUACAGGGAAUUUGCUUGCAAACAAAUUAACUACAUAUUAGGCGAUAAUCCCAGUAGUCGAAGUUAUGUCAUCGGGUACGGUAAUAAUUGUCCUAAACAACCCCACCACCGUGCAAGCUCGUGUCCAGCAAACUUCGAAUCAUGUAACAACAAGAAUAGUUUUGGCUGGGAUGGCGAUAAUCAUAACGAGCUUAUUGGUGCACUGGUUGGUGGUCCUGACGAUUAUGAUUGGUAUGAAGACAGUAGAUAUGAUUACGUACUGAAUGAAGUAGCCUGCGACUACAAUGCUGGAUUCCAGUCCGCGUUAGCUGGAUUAAAAUCACUGGAAUUAAGAGGCAAACUUCCGGAGGCAUGUAAGAUCUUAAUGGCAUAAUCCUAAUUUGGUUAGAGCUCAACGAUAUAGUCGAAAUGUUAUCACUCUGGAUUCCUUUCUUGUGUGUUUGUUAUUUGUCAACCAAUACUCGCAAAAUUUAAUGUAAUAGUGUGCACAGUGCAUCAACAUGUAUCAAUAAAUUGGACAUAACAUA